AUGAGUCCCGAAGGUGAUCGUCGGGCGUCAGCCACAGCGCGGCAGACCAACGACGACGACGCCAUCACGCCAGUUCCGGAGUUGCGAACACAGGCUCCCUCAGAGAGAACAAUUUCUCCCGCGAACCGAGAGCUGUCACCCGAAGUCGCCUCCGUUCGCCAAGAGGAGCGUUCCCCGAGCAGAUGGCGGGGAUACUUUGCCAAGAGCGGGAAGCUCAGACCGUUCAGGCUGCUGAAGGAGGACUCUCUCAACUUCAGACUGCGAUACAUAUCAGACUGGACCGUGUUCAACCAGCUCGUGCUGGCCAGUGCGAUCUACGUCUUCUUCACCAACAUUUUGCCCGGCAUCACCUUUGCCAGCGACUUGUACGUUCUGACUGGAGAGUCGUGGGGGACGAUCGAGGUUGUGUUUAGCACGGGGCUCUGUGGGAUUAUCUUUGCUUUGUUCUCGGCCCAGCCGUUGACUAUCCUCGGUGUCACUGGUCCAUUUUCGGUUCUGGCAGAGAAUAUCUACUCGCUAUGCGAGAACUCUUUCAAGAUCCCCUUCCUGCCCUUCAUGGCCUGGUCCCUCAUCCACUCUGGCUGGAUGCACUACCUCCUCGCCAUCUUCAACGCCCAUGACUACACCAUGCAAUACGUCACCGACUUCAGCGCCGACAUCUUCUCCCUCCUCAACAGCGUAAUUUACUUCCAUAAGGCCGUCCGCGAGCUCGAGCGCACCAAAGCCGCGGUCUCGCUCGCGGCCUUUCUCUACUCCAUCAUCGGCGCAGUGGGCACCUGUCUCCUCGCCAUCUUCCUCUCGACGGCGCCGUCGUGGAAGCCGCUGUUCCACAGGUACGUCCGCAUGGGCCUCGCAGAGUACGCCGCCGCCAUCUCCAUCGUCUUCUUCAUCGGCAUGCCCUACGUCGGCGACCUGGCGCAUCUCGACCACAACAGGCUGGAGGUCUCCAAGACUUUCAGGCCGUCGUCGCCGAGCCGGGACGUCUUCUUUGUCGAGUUCUGGAAGCUCCCCAUCGGCUGGAUCUUCAUCGCCAUCAUCCCGGGCAUCAUCAUCACGGUACUGUUCUACUUUGACCACGAGAUCAGCAGCAUCAUCUGCACGGCGAAGAGGUACGGCAUCCAGAAGCCUGGGGGCUACGCGUGGGAUAUCAUGCUUCUGGGCACGACGACGAUUAUGUGCGGUAUACUCGGGAUCCCGCCAGCAAACGGGCUCCUGCCACAGGCACCGCUGCACUCCGAGUCUCUCAUGCACACCGUUGUCGAAGACCCCCCCGCCCCGAACUCUGAGCCCGGCGAAGAACCCCCAUUGAAACCCUUGAUACGGGUCUACGAACAGAGAUACUCGCCCUUCAUCCAAGCGGCAGGCAUCUUGCUCUUUGUCUCACCACCCUUUCAGCACGUCCUGGGCUUCACGCCUACCUCUGUCCUCGCUGGGCUGUUCAUGUUCAUGGGCUACCAGUCGCUAUCCGUCAACCCGAUCCUCAACAGAAUCUGGCACCUCCUCACGCCCAUAUCGGAACUUCCUGCUUUACCCCAGGGUGCGUCCUGGCUGGGUAUUCACAUGUAUACCAUCUCGCAGAUCAUCCUCACCGGCAUCGUUUUUGGAGUCACAUUGACCGUGGCGGCCCCGGGCUUCCCUAUCAUCAUCAUCAUUCUGGUCCCAGUCAGGCUGUUCCUGAUGAAUAAAGUGUGGAAUCGGGAAACAUUAAGAUACGUCGACGGGUGGGCGACAAGAGAAGGAAAGCCGGAGGACAACGAGAACGACCGGAGGCGGGAGGCCGUCAUCGCCUCGCGCGAGUCAGCCAGACGAGUGUCCGACGAGGAGAAGGGUACGAAAUCUGCGUGA